AUGUGCACAGCACCUAUAGACAUACAGGUAUACGUGCACCUAAGUGCAUCUAGAGGGAGAGAGACGUCUAUGCCAAUAAAACAAAAUAAAAGGAGGGAGGGGAGCCUAGGACAGUCCGGCCCAGGCCUUUGUUCCCCCCGGGGGUCCGGCCCCCGAGGCUGGAGGGCGCGGGGCGCAGGGCGGGCCUGGAAGGAAGAGGCUGGGUGGGUGGGGGGGUGCGGGGACGGGCGGCGCCCCCUCCCGCUGGGCGGCCCCGGGUCCCUCCGGAAGGGUCCGGGCGGGGGGCUCGGCGUGGCCGGGAAGCCCCGCGCUGACCCGCGCCUGCCCCCGGGCUUUCCGGCUUCCUCCAAGGCCCUAUAUAGGGAGCCGGGCCCGAGCUCCGGCCGGCCUCCCCGGAGAGCCGGGAUCGGGAUCAGCUUCUCCGGGAUUUCCCUGACGCCUCGGCCGAGGCCCAGGCAAGGACCGGCCGAGGGGGGAGGGGCGAGGAGCGGGUGGGGGGGGGGGGGGGAAAGCGGGGGGAGGACCGGGCGGCGGCGGCGGCGGCCCGGCUCGGAGCUGGGGGCGGGCCUCGCUCCUCGCGCGCGCGUGUGUGAGUGUGUGGUGUGUGCGCGCGGGGAGCCCGGAGUCGGCGGCGGCGGCGGCGGCGGCGGGGGCUGGAGGCGCCCGGAGCCUGCCCGGGCUGUCUCCCCUCUGACUCCCGGAGCGCGCGGACGAGGAGGCGCCCCCCUGCCGACCCCCCCGCGAAGAGCCCGGAGCGGAGCCGAAGACCCGAAGACCCGAGGAGCCGGAGCCGGAGCCGGACGGAGCCGCGAGGGCGGGCGGCCGGAGCGGCCGGGGUCGGGCCGGCGCUGUCCCCGCCGCCGCCGCCGCCGCCGGCCGCCGGGGGAAGAGAUGGCGGCGGGGCCGGAGCCCGAGCCGGAGCGGGGCGCCCGGAGCCUCGUCCGCGCCGCCUCCUUGUGGCUCGGCUGCCUCCUGCUGCUGCUCGGACGCCGGGACCCGGCCCUGGCCGCCGCCGCCGCCGCCUUCUCAGCCGGCAGGAGCAGCCCGCAGCCGCCGCCGCCCCCAGGGGCCAGUGUGAGAACGUUUACUCCCUUUUAUUUUGUCAUGGAACCAGUGGAUACCCUUUCAGUUCGAGGAUCUUCUGUUAUUCUAAACUGCUCAGCAUAUUCAGAACCUUCCCCAAAAAUUGAAUGGAAAAAAGAUGGAACUUUUUUGAACUUGGUGUCAGAUGAUCGGCGUCAGCUCCUGUCUGAUGGAUCUUUGUUAAUUAACAGUGUUGUGCAUUCCAAACACAAUAAGCCUGAUGAAGGAUAUUAUCAAUGUGUGGCCACUGUGGAAAGCCUUGGAACCAUUGUAAGCAGAACAGCCAAGCUCACAGUUGCAGGUCUUCCGAGGUUUGCCAGUCAGCCAGAAUCUUCAUCAGUCUAUGCUGGAAACAGUGCAGUGCUCAGCUGUGAAGUCAGUGCUGAUUUGGUCCCAUUUGUGAGGUGGGAGCAGGAUCGACAACCACUUGUUGUGGAUGAUAGAGUCAUCAAACUCCCGAACGGAGCCCUGGCUAUCAGCAAUGCUACGGAAGGAGAUGGAGGGCUUUAUCGCUGCGUAAUUGAGAGUGGUGGACCGCCUAAGUACAGUGAGGAGGCAGAGCUGAAAAUUCUUCCAGAUCCUGAGAUUCCAUCCAACUUGGUAUUUUUGAGCCAGCCUUCACCACUAAUCAAAGUUAUUGGGCAAAGUGCAGUCUUGCCAUGUGUUGCUUCAGGAGUUCCUACACCUGUCAUCAGAUGGACAAGAAAUGAGGAGCCCCUUAGUCCAGAAAGCUCUGACAGAUUGAUGCUAUUGGCAGGAAGUAACCUGGAAAUCAGUGAUCUCAUGGAGGAGGAUGCUGGGACCUACGCCUGCAUAGCCGAUAAUGGCAAUGAGACAAUAGAGGCUCAAGCAGAUCUCACAGUUCAAGCCUCACCAGAAUUCCUGAAGAAGCCUGCUAAUAUAUAUGCACAUGAAUCCAUGGAUAUUGUGUUUGAAUGUGAAGUGACUGGGAAACCCAUGCCAACUGUAAAAUGGGUCAAGAAUGGUGACAUGGUUAUCCCAAGUGAUUACUUUAAGAUUGUAAAGGAACAUAACCUUCAGGUUUUGGGUCUGGUGAAAUCAGAUGAAGGAUUUUAUCAGUGCAUUGCAGAGAAUGAUGUUGGAAAUUCACAGGCUGGAGCCCAGCUAAUAAUCCUUGACCAUGAUGUUGCCAUCCCAACAUUACCUCCCACUUCACUGACCAGUGCCACUACUGACCAUCUAGCACCAGCCACAACUGGACCACUACCUUCAGCACCGAGGGACGUCGUGGCCUCGCUCGUCUCUACUCGCUUCAUCAAACUGACUUGGCGAACACCAGCAUCAGAUCCGCACGGAGACAACCUCACCUACUCUGUGUUCUACACCAAGGAGGGGAUUAAUCGUGAACGGAUUGAAAAUACCAGCCAUCCAGGGGAAAUGCAGGUGACCAUUCAAAACCUGAUGCCAGAGACGGUGUAUGUUUUCAGAGUUGUGGCACAAAAUAGACAUGGCUCCGGAGAGCGGUCACUCCCUCUGCGAGUAGAGACUCAGCCCGAGGUCCAGCUCCCAGGCCCAGCACCUAACAUCCGAGCAUAUGCUACCUCACCUACCUCAAUAACUGUCACGUGGGAAACACCUUUGUCUGGCAAUGGGGAAAUUCAGAAUUACAAGUUGUACUACAUGGAAAAGGGAGCAGACAAUGAGCAGGAUGUUGAUGUUGGAAGUCGCUCCUACACCAUUAAUGGACUGAAAAAAUACACAGAGUAUAGUUUCCGAGUAGUAGCCUAUAAUAAACAUGGUCCUGGAGUCUCCACACAGGAUGUUGUUGUUCGAACGUUAUCAGAUGUCCCCAGUGCUGCUCCUCAGAACCUGUCGUUAGAAGUGAGAAAUUCCAAGAGUAUUGUGAUUCAGUGGCAGCCCCCUCCAGCAGGUGCACAAAAUGGGCAAAUUACUGGCUACAAGAUUCGCUAUCGGAAAUCCUCCCGCAAGAGUGAUGUUACAGAGAGCGUUGGAGGAACACAGCUGUUCCAGUUAAUUGAGGGUCUUGAUCGGGGCACUGAGUACAACUUCCGAGUGGCUGCACUUACUGUCAAUGGGACGGGGCCAGCUACGGAGUGGAUGUCUGCAGAAACAUUUGAAAGUGACUUAGAUGAAACUCGUGUUCCUGAAGUGCCUAGUUCUCUCCAUGUCCGCCCACUUAUUACUAGUAUUGUAGUGAGCUGGACUCCUCCAGAAAAUCAGAACAUCGUGGUCAGAGGCUAUGCCAUCGGCUAUGGACUGGGCAGCCCGCAUGCUCAGACUAUUAAAGUGGACUACAAGCAGCGCUACUAUACAAUUGAGAACCUAGAUCCAAGCUCCCACUACGUGAUCACCCUGAAAGCAUUUAAUAAUGUGGGUGAAGGCAUCCCACUCUAUGAGAGUGCAGUUACCAGACCUCAUUCGGUGCCAGAUCCCACCCCUAUGAUGCCACCGGUGGGAGUUCAGGCUUCCAUACUGAGCCAUGACACCAUACGGAUUACAUGGGCGGACAACUCACUGCCAAAACACCAGAAGAUCACAGACUCGCGGUACUACACAGUCCGAUGGAAAACCAAUAUCCCUGCUAACACCAAGUACAAGACUGCAAAUGCAACAACUUUGAGUUAUUUAGUGACGGGGCUAAAACCAAACACCCUCUAUGAGUUCUCUGUGAUGGUGACUAAAGGCCGGAGGUCAAGCACAUGGAGUAUGACAGCUCACGGGACCACCUUCGAGCUCGUUCCUACGUCUCCACCCAAAGACGUGACAGUAGUGAGUAAAGAGGGAAAACCUAGGACCAUAAUAGUGAACUGGCAACCUCCUUCAGAAGCUAAUGGCAAAGUUACAGGAUACAUCAUUUACUACAGUACAGAUGUGAAUGCAGAGAUUCACGACUGGGUUAUUGAACCAGUGGUUGGAAACAGACUGACUCACCAGAUCCAGGAGUUGACACUUGAUACACCGUACUACUUCAAAAUCCAAGCUCGCAACUCCAAGGGCAUGGGGCCAAUGUCCGAAGCGGUCCAGUUCCGAACACCUAAAGCUUCAGGGUCUUCAGGAAAAGGAAGCAGGCUGCCAGAAACAGGAUCUGAUUACAAGCCUCCGAUAAGUGGUAGUAACAGUCCUCAUGGAAGUCCCACCUCCUCUCUAGACAGUAACAUGCUCUUGGUCAUCAUCGUCUCCAUUGGCGUCCUCACCAUUGUGGUGGUGGUGAUCAUUGCUGUGUUCUGCACUCGUCGCACCACCUCCCACCAGAAAAAGAAACGAGCUGCCUGCAAAUCUGUGAACGGCUCACAUAAAUACAAAGGAAAUUCCAAAGAUGUCAAACCUCCUGACCUUUGGAUCCAUCAUGAGAGGCUGGAGUUAAAGCCUAUUGAUAAGUCUCCAGACCCAAACCCAAUCAUGACUGAUACCCCGAUCCCACGAAACUCCCAAGAUAUUACCCCUGUUGAUAAUUCCAUGGACAGCAGUAUCCAUCAAAGACGGAAUUCAUAUAGAGGGCACGAAUCGGAGGAUAGUAUGUCUACACUGGCUGGAAGGCGAGGAAUGAGACCAAAAAUGAUGAUGCCUUUUGACUCUCAGCCACCCCAGCCCGUGAUUAGUGCCCAUCCCAUCCAUUCCCUCGAUAACCCUCACCAUCAUUUCCACUCCAGCAGCCUCGCUUCUCCGACCCGCAGCCAUCUCCACCUUCAGGGCAGCCCAUGGCCCAUUGGCACAUCCUUGUCCCAUUCAGACAGGGCUAAUUCUACAGAAUCAGUUCGGAACACCCCCAGCACCGACACCUUGCCAGCUUCCUCGUCUCAGACGUGCUGCACUGACCAUCCAGAUCCGGAGGGGGCCACCAGCUCCUCCUAUUUGGCCAGCGCCCAGGAAGAAGGCUCUGGCCCAAACCUUCCUACAGCCCACGUUCGUCCCUCUCACCCACUGAAGAGCUUCGCUGUGCCCGCAGUUCCGCCCCCAGGGCCCCCCACCUAUGACCCCGCCUUACCAAGCACACCAUUACUGUCCCAGCAAGCUCCAAACCAUCACCUUCACUCAGUGAAGACGGCGUCGAUUGGGACGUUGGGGAGAAGCCGGCCUCCUAUGCCAGUGAUCGUUCCCAGUGCCCCCGACGUGCAGGAGACCACGAGGAUGCUGGACGACUCGGAGAGUAGCUAUGAACCGGAUGAGCUGACCAAAGAGAUGGCCCACCUGGAAGGACUAAUGAAGGACCUUAAUGCCAUCACAACAGCAUGACCGCCUUC